AUGGAGAACCGCGACAAGCUCUUCUAUGCCGUGUUGGCGGGAAAAGAGAGGAUAACCAUAAACAACUCCCGCCAAUAUCUCGAAGCAAUAUGCACCCAACCCGACCCAGUCGUGUGCGCCAACAAACUCGUUUCCAGUGCCCACGCUCUCGAUCAUAUUCAGUCCGCUUUCAGCUUCGAUUCUUCCCUCCAAUUUCUUAACGGCCCUGCCACUGCUUUUCUCGAGUAUCUUUUUCAGAAUCCCACGCUGAAGCUUAUCGGAGGCGGAGACGUUCUGAGUACAAUCGUUGACAGGAUCGUCGACCCUCCGAGCUUCUGGUUCUCGCUCGGACAAGCGCUUGAAGAAAGGACCCUUUCAAACUCAGCUGAGAUUGGGUUCGCCCAGCUGUUGCUUCAUUUAGUUGCCAUGUCCAAUGAACAAGCAGAAAACCACCGCCGCUGGUCAAGAGACACCAACGUCGUCGAACGUCUUUCCAAUUCCAGUGUUGCGACCGUCAAGUCUAUUGCUCAGAGGAUUCAGGAAGUGUUGAUGGCAUACAGCGUGGGCACGCACUCAGCUAACAAGCCAGUUCCUGGUGACAGGCACGACAACGACUUCGCCGACUUUCGUCGGAUAUCCAUCAUUCCUACGUUACAAGAAGUCCAAUGUACACAGGCGCCGUUUCUCCCCCAUCACGCAGAUCUAGAUAAUACGGAGGCUUGGUCAACCGCGCACACACGUCACCUUGAAACACUUUUUCGCCUCAACAGGGAGAACCUCAUCCAUCAGAUGUGCGAACGCGCCAGCGACCGGCGUUCCAUAGUCACUUCCGGUAGCCCCGACCGUCGAUCACGUUGGGCGCUUGUGUUUCAGUGCAAUUCUCUCAAAGAAGCCGAUAUUGGGAACAGUAUUGUAAAACACCAAUCCCUCGCUCGCAUCGUGUCCGACGGGCGUCUCAUAUCUCUGGCGGAGGUCCAUCGCGACGAGGAGCUUCUCGCACGAACCCCGCCAGAGGUCGUCCUCCGACUUGUGGACAACUCUUCAGUCGAGAAAACCCUUGUCGCUCUUCGCUCUGCUCGCUCCGUCGACAUCUUCUUUUGCGAUACUCCUUUUUUUGCCUUCGAGCCAGUUUUGAAGGCGCUACAAGGUAUGCAGCAGGUUCCACUUUCGGAGGAGCUUCUAUUCUGGAGGAAAUACGAUUCCGUCGGUAUGCCUAGCAUGUACGCGUGGUGGAUUGCCGAUAGGAUUAACGCAGACUCGGGUCAAGACUUGAAGCACCUUCUAAAUAUACCAUUUUCUCUCCGGUUGGACCGGGAUCAAGCAGUAGCAUUAGUGACCUGUCUCACGCGGAGAGUCGCGCUCGUCCACGGUCCCCCAGGUACAGGAAAGUCGCUUGUGUGCCGUCUAGUUGCAAAAAUAAUCCAUGAGCACACGCCUCAAAAGAUACUUGUCCUUUGCAAUACCGACCAAGCUUUACACCAGACUUUGCAAGGCUUUCUUAAAAUCGGGAUCUCUUCUGAACAGAUUGUGCGCCUCAGUGAGCCCAUCGAGAGUCAGAACCCCGGUCUAUAUUCGCAGGAUUACGAGAGGGAGCAUCUCAAAAAUGCAUGCUGGAAUACGGCUGGCGAGCUCAAGAGGAAAUCCGACGAGCAGGCUCACGAUCUCGAACAAAGAUUCUGCCGUUUUCUCGCGCUUGCCAGUGACGCAGGUUCCUGCGAACUGAUCGCGGAGACGCUAGAGGAAGAAGCCGCUAGAUUGAGAUUGGAUGGACUAGCCUACGACGAAUGGCUAGUCCAGAUGGAUCGAAUGAACAACUUCUGCGAUAAUAUGAUGUUGAGUAGGAAGCGCAUCAUCGGAUGUACCAUAGCUGGAGCUGCCAAGUUUUCCGAGAAUCUUCUCACGGUAUCUCCAGAUGUGCUACUCGUUGAGGGUGCAGGUGAAAUACUGGAAGGAGAUGUUCUCGCAGCGCUCGGCUCUACAGCCCGCCAUCUUAUUCUUAUUGGCGACUAUAAGCAACCUCGUCCAAACGUGAACAACCCCAUUUUAAAGGUAGAGAGCGGUGCAGGGUAUGACCUCGAUUGCACUCUCUUCGAGCGACUUAUACGCAAGGGUCUUCCUUGUCAAUCGCUUCAAACCCAGUACCGGAUGAAUCGUGAUAUUGCUUGCCUUGUCCGCGAGCUUACCUACCCCGAAAUCGACAAUGCACCAGAGACACAGGCUCGACACAACGUGACCGGCAUUCAGCAGAACAUUAUAUUCAUCAAUUGCGCCAAGUUCAAAAGUUCCUCUAACGAUGACAGCGAGAUCAUGUCUUCGCUUGCGUCGGUAGAUUACACUUACGAGGUCAAGAUGAUCAUCAAGAUCGUCAAGUAUAUGGCGCAGCAGGGACAUGGUACUGACGACAUGGUACUGCUCACGGUAUACCCUGGACAGCUCCGUACGAUUCGUGAGGCACUUCAGGCGGAGACUGAUCCAGUCCUAAACGAUCUGGACUCACAUGAUCUCGUUAGAGCGGGACUACGGAGCGUCUCCGCUGCGAGACUAAAUAAGAAACCUCUACGAACUGCCACGAUUGGUGGAUUCAAUGGUGAAGAGAGUAAGAUAGUCAUUGCCAGUUUAUCGGGAUGCAGCUUCGAAAGUGAAGUUGAACCCACCCCAGGAUACCUGAACGUCUUACUAUCACGAGCCAAAGACGGACUUAUCUUCUUAGGUGACGCCGAAACACUUAUGCGCUCUAAAAAAGAAGGAGUGCUCUGGGCUAGAUUCGUCAGCUCGCUGCAGAACAAAGGAUAUAUUUACGACGGAUUCCCCGUUGAAUGCGAGGAACAUAUGAGGCAUUGCCGAGUAUUAGUUACACCAUCUGACUUUGACAUUCACUGUCCCGAAGGUGGUUGUGCCGAGCCGUGCGAAGGAAAGUCUCCAAUAUGUCGUUGGUGCGAUGCAGAAAAGGAACACAAUAGGGCCCAGGCCGAAGAAAACUACGAACGUCAAAAGCAUCGCGACACUGAGAAAGAGAAGUCCGACGCGGAGCUUGCCGAUAUGGAACGUCAGCUCAGAAUCAUGAGGGAGGCGCAACGUGACAAGCUAGAAUCCCAGCAGAGACGUUCGGCAAUAGAUGAGCGGAAAAGAGACAUUCAAGAAACUAUCGCUGCCAUGCAUCGAAAUGCGCCCAUUGCCGCCGUCGACCGAAGUCUAGUACCACAGUUCCAAGCUAGACCUCAACUCUCACAGACACCGUCGGCUUCAUCACACCACAGUGUACAUCCAGCGUCUGGAACGUCUUUAGUAGAUAUCCCUCAAGAUGACGCUUCAUCACACACUGGAAAUGGAAUGUUGAAACCGGCGUUAUCCGCUGCACGACAAGAGUGGCAACGUCGUAAAGACUUAGAAGGACUCGGCAACAAUGCUAUCGACGAACUUAUGGAGAUGACGGGGCUUGAAGAAGUCAAAUGGCAGUUUCUUAGGAUUAUGGACAAGAUAAAUGUCAUGAAGCGUCAAAAGGUGGACACAGGAAAAGAGCGUCUUAAUCUGGUUCUUCUCGGUAAUCCAGGGACAGCUCGCCUGUACGCGAAAUUUUUGGCGUCCAUGGAGAUCCUUCCUGGUGAGGGGUUUGUUGAGACGACUGGAUCACGUCUCGCCAACGGCGGUGUAUCUGGUGCCAAGUCAAUGAUUGAAGAUCUUAUCGAAGAAGAGGAGGGGGGUGCGAUAUUUGUUGACGAAGCCUACCAACUCGCGAGCGAGCACAACUUCCAAGGAGCGCAAGUUCUUGACUUCCUUCUUGCGGAGAUCGAGAACAAAGUGGGGACAAUCGUGUUCAUUCUAGCCGGAUACAACAAACCAAUGGAGAGGUUCUUCGAGCACAACCCAGGACUCCCAAGUCGUUUUCCGUACCGGAUCCAGUUUGUCGACUACACCGACAGUGAGCUCCUUGCCAUGUUCGGCGACCUGGUCGAGAAAAAGUACAAGGGCCAAAUGUUUAUCGAAGAUGGGCUGCAUGGUCUAUAUGUUCGCAUUGCAAUCCGACGGCUUGGUCGAGGUCGUGGGCGCGAGGGAUUCGGCAACGCUCGCGCUCUACAAAACAUGUUCUCGAGGAUGGGCGAAUUUCAAGCUCAGCGGAUCAGUAAAGAACGACGCGAAGGUUGCUGGCCCAACGACUUUUGGAUGACUAAAGAGGACUUGAUUGGCCCAGAGCCAUCAAGGGCAAUCGUCGAGAGCGAAGCGUGGAAGAAGCUCCAGGCCAUGACAGGACUACAGUCCGUCAAAGACUCUGUGAAGAGCCUGCUCGAUCUCAUCACGGCCAACUAUUUACGGGAGCUCAGUGAGAAAGAACCGCUACACAUUUCUCUCAAUCGCGUCUUUGUCGGAUCUCCUGGGACAGGCAAAACCACGGUAGCCGUUCUGUACGUGAUUGUCAAGAAUCCUGCUGACUUCGUGGGCUCCGCUCUCGGUCAUUCUGAGAACAAUACCAAAGCAAUCCUUAGAGCGACGGUUGGCAAGGUUCUUGUCAUAGACGAGGCGUACAUGCUGUACGGUGGGGGGAGUAGCUCGAGCGGAGGGGACUCGUACAAAACGGCCGUUAUUGACACCAUUGUCGCCGAAGUUCAAAGUGUACCUGGGGAGGACCGAUGUGUCCUCUUACUUGGCUAUAAAGACCAGAUUGUCGAGAUGUUUCAGAAUCUUGAAAUUCUUGCGUAUGGUAGAACGUCAAUCCCGGAUUAUCAAGAAGACUUCGAUGACGCGCAGCUGCGCGAAAUCCUUGAGAUGAAGCUGAGGAGUCACGAUCUCGGCGCUACCGAGAAAGCAAAGGACGUGGCCAUCAAUCUGCUCAGCCGUGCCCGAAACCGGCUUCAUUUUGGCAACGCUGGCGAAGUCGAAAACAUCCUGGGAAAGGCAAAAGAGCGAUACCAAAAGCGUAUACCCUACCUGGCCGCUGACGUGGCCUUUGAGCCACUCGACUUCGACCCUGACUUCAACCGAGACGAACACGCGACAGAAAAGCUGGCGAAACUAUUUGAAGACGUGGUUGGCUGCGAGGAAGUCGUCAAGAAGUUAGGUGGCUACCAGCGAAUUGCAAAGAGAAUGAAGGAGAACGGGAGGGAUAUGCGAAAAAGCAUCCCAACGAACUUCGUUUUCAAAGGUCCUCCAGGCACUGGCAAGACAACCACAGCCCGCAAGAUGGGGCAGGUCUAUUAUGACAUGGGCUUCCUCUCCUCGUCGGACGUGAUUGAAUGUUCUGCCUCUGACCUCAUUGGAGAGUACGUAGGCAGGACAGGUCCCAAAACUCGAGGCGUCUUCGAGAAGGCACUUGGAAAGGUGCUCUUCAUUGACGAGGCCUAUCGUUUGGUGGAAGGCUCCUACGCCAAAGAAGCCAUAGACGAGAUGGUCGCUCUAUUGACGAAGGAGACUUUCGCUGGAAAGCUGAUCGUCAUUCUUGCUGGAUACGACGCGGAGAUCAACAAACUGCUUCAGACCAACCCUGGCUUGUCGAGUCGCUUCCCCAAGCAAAUCACUUUCCACACCAUGACACCCGCACAAUGCAUCUCCUUGCUCAUCCAGGAGCUGCGGAACGAGAAGGUAGAUGUGCCUAGUUUGUGCGACCCGAUGUCGACCAUACAUGUCAUGGUGGAAAGAGCACUUCGUACGAUGACAUCUUGGCCAUCAUGGGGGAAUGCGCGGGAUGUAAAAACCCUUGCCCGACAGAUAAUCAAUCGCGCUUGGGAAUGUGGCUCUCCUGACCAAGGCAAUGAGGACGUAGAGCUUACGCUCUCGAUGAACGAAGUACUCGACAUCAUAACGACGAGGAUAAAAGAGCAGGCCGAUCGUGUCCGAAACGUAGCAGGGUCUUUCUCUGGCCCGGGCUCGUCUGGACCAUCUGGUCCUCCGAUGCAGACCGCCUAUGCACCACUGCCAUCUCGUACCCUUCCGUUGGCUCAAACUACGACUGCGGAGACGCAGCGUCAGGAGCCGAACCAACGACAGAACCCAGGACCACCGCCAAACGCUCCUCAAGAUCAGGGCGAGCAACGCGAUGACGGCGUAUCGGAUGCAGACUGGAAGCAGCUUCAGCGCGACAAAGCCAUGGCUUCUCAGAGGCUGCAGGAUGAAAAAGAACGCAUGAAGGAGGCGCAGGUGCAAGCGAAGCUGGAGGAAAUGGGUGUUUGCCAGAUGGGAUACAGGUGGAUCAAGCAGACACACGGAUAUAGCAAAGAGGAAGACCGGGGAGCUAGGACAUCAGACGACGGAGGCAUGGAAUGA